AUGAUGAAAACUCCGAAAGGCGCGCCGAUGAGGCAAACAGGAGCUCCGAAGUGGACGCUGCUGCUCCUGCUCCUAUGCUAUGCAGUGUGCCGGAGUGGAUUCUGCCAGGCGCAAACUGAUCUGGGACCUUCUCAAGUCGGGGACAGAGUGUUCCGGGAGGGCGUAGCAAGCCAAAGUAUUCUCAACCUGACAGAGUUUAUGUCGGCACACCACAUCCAAGGCCGGGAACUGCUUCUCACAGUACUACUUCUGUCCCGCCGGUUCCAGUGGCCCUCUAUGCCAAGCACCGGGCCCGGGCUCCUCCUCCACGUACUACUCAACCUGCAGCAGCCCCAGCCCGUACGGCGCCUGCUGCCAACCAGAUACUAG